AUGUAUAUCUCUGGAUUUAUGUAAUAUGGAAAUAUUUAUAUAAAUAACAUAAUGAAAUGGAUGUAAUUGCUUGUCUUGAGAAUGCUUAUGUAGAUUGUGUAAUGUGGUUGGGAAUUAUUUAAAUCAGAACUAAUGGAUAGUUCGACUUUUGCCCUUUGGAAAAACUCAAACAAUUCACCAGGUUCAAAUUUACUUUAAGUUUGCGACCUACAGCCCACUCUGAACUCUAAGCUUCUGCAAGGGGAUACACUUUUGAGCAGGAAUAUUGUCAUGCCAACUACGCGAGCAUUCAGCAAAAUUAGGAUAAGUUUCGAUAUCUACUACUUAAAUAUCUGGAACGUAGCAGAAUCUAUCACAGUCUAUGCCAACAGUCUCUUGGUUUAUUAUGGGAAGCCAAUUCACUCAGUAUAUGAAGAUUACCCACUAAGAUUCUGUGUUUCAAGGCCUUUUGGAAAAUCUUACGCUGAAUAAUUGUGGCGUAUAGAUUAGGAAAUAUCAUUUAACGAUCCAAAUUUAAAUAUUGAAAUAGUGCAUGAUAACGCUUCAACAGGAACGACCAGUGAAUAUGGAAUAAACAAUUUCAUUUUGCAAGUCUACUUUUGCCCAGACAGAUGUGGGGAAUGCGAUUAAGAAGAAUGUUUAGUUUGUUAAAAUGGAUUUAGUUUGGUGAGAGGUGAGUGCAAAUGCAAUCCCUUCCUAUAAUAUUCUUACUUUAACCCUGAUUUGACAUGUGUUGAUGAAUGUCCAGCCAAUUAUGCAUCUGAUGAUAAUCGAAUAUGUUAACCGUCUGUUGUUAGUGCGAUUUACUCUGAUCUUGAAGAAGAUACAUUUAGUUCUUAUAAAUUUAAAUUUGUCGCCGAUAAGUAUUACAGUGUAAAUUAGCUGAUGAUUAAUACCAUCGGAACUAAAUCCGUUGCAGGUAUGUUUUCCAACACAGACUCAAUAAUAUUUGAUGACGUCAAUUUGUAACCCAAUUUUAAAUACAUCAUCAAAUUUAAACUUUACAUUACUGGUAAAUUGUCAAAGUUGUUUCCUGAAACCAUUUAAAUUCUUUUUAACCAAUAUGUUGUAGCUUAUCUGGUAGAUUUCAACUAAAUAUAAUUAACAUCCUCAAUCAAAACAUCAUCAACUGUAAGUUUAGGAUAACACUGUAGUAUUCCCAACUAUUCUAAAUGUUCAUCAUACGAAAUAGUCAUGCAAGUGGAAUUAACCGAAUUAGUAACAGAAAUAAUGUUCAAAACCAAAUUUUAAUUAAAUACUCCUCAAAGAACUUGGGGAAUUAGAGAUUUGUAAAUUUCUUAAUAUCAAUUAACAUCAAUUUACAUUUAAUGUUCAAACAAUUGUUAGACUUGUAAUCAAUCAUAACCAAAUGUGUGUUUGUCUUGUUCUGGAAGCUUAAAGUUAUUUAAUGGUAAUUGUGUGACUCAAUGUCCAAAUUACACCACUACUAACGUAAACUCUUGUGAUGAUCCAUAACUUACUUAGGUUAACGAGAUGUAUCUAGUAAGCAUGUAUCAUGAUAUGAACUAUUAUGUUCAAGAUAACUUUUAAGAUUUUCCGUAGAUUUCUACAUCCUAUUUUAUGAAUCGCUAGAUAUUAGGUGGAUUUAAUAAGUGGAAAAAUGAAUAAAUAAAUUUAAUACUGACUAAAGACAAAUCAAUGUAUAAGGUAAAGAUCUCUUUAAUGUUGUUGUUUAUUGAUUCAACUAAUAACUAAAUUUAAUUCCGUACUAGCAUCAACAAUGAAUAACCAUAAUAUAGUUUGUUUGGAAGCAGCAUUUCAGUGGGAAAUCAAAUUGGUUAAUCUUAUGUUGAAACUAUUUAGAGUGUUUCUUAUGUGAAAUCAUUUGAAUCUACUAAUUAAUUCAAAAUUUAAUUAUAGUGUAUCUAAGGAAUAGAUAUUGAAGCAUAUUGUGGUAUCUAUGAUUUUAGAAUUAUUGUAUCUACUUGCUAGGAUAAUUGCUUAAAAUGUGAUGAAAAUGGAAAUUGUAUUACUGAAAUGGAUACUAUUAGUACAGACAUCAAUGGAUGCAAGGAAGGAUAUUAUAAAAAUGGAGAUGGAUGCUUCAAAUGUCUGUAUGGAUGCUCAAAAUGCAGUGAGGAAAAUGUUUGUUAAACAUGCUAACCUGGCUAUGAAUGGAGAUUCAAUACUUGUUUUUGUAGCUCAGUUAAAGAAAAGCUCGCUUAUUGUGAAUAGACUAAUUGCUUUCAUAAUUGUUAAACUUGUUCGGACAAAAAAGAAAGUUAUGGAGUUUGGAAUUAAUUACAUCCCAAGAAUUGUUUGUCUUGUGAUGAAUCGAAAAACUUAUGGCUUAAUGUGAAUCAAUGUAGUUGCUUAGAUGGAUAUUAUAUGGAGAAUUUCAGCUGUUAUAUGUGCUUACCAACCUGCUUAAAAUGCUCUUAAUAAGCUAGAAUGUGCACUGCUUGUCAUCCUGGAUAGAAUAGAGUUUUAGAAAAGGAGUAGUGUCGUUGUUCAAAUGGAUAUUUUCAAGAAGACAACGACUUAAUUUGUAGUAAAUGCGAUGAAUUAUGUUAAAAUUGUAAUUUCACAAAGGAUUAAUGUAGCUCAUGUUACUCUAGUCAGAAUAGAAGAUUGAACAUUGAUACAUGUAUUUGUAUGGAUGGGUAUUAUGAAAGUGGAGACUUAAUUUGUAAAAAAUGUCCUCCAAAAUGUAAAACAUGUUUAAAUGAGACUACUUGUAUAACUUGUAAUGAGGAUUAAUUCAGAAUACUAAGUAUAGAUAAUGUUUCUUGCACUUGUUAAUCUGGAUACUUUGAUUAAAGUUCCUAAAAUACAUGUGGAAAAUGUCACUCGAGUUGUUUAGAGUGUAAGUAGAGUAACAAUUUUGAAUCAUGCACAAGAUGUCCAAAUACAAGAGAACCUAAAUAUCAUAGUGGUGGUAGUGUAACCUUAUUUGAAUGUAAGUGCAGAAGAGGAUAUUAUGAAACCAAUUAGUAAGAAUGUUCUAGUUGUGCUGAUUAUUUGAAUCCGCCUACAAAUCAUUAUUGCUAUUCGCAAUGUGGUGAUAGUAUUGUAUAAUGGAAUGAGGAUUGCGAUGAUGGUAAUAACAUCGAUAGAGAUUCUUGUUUUAAAUGUUUGCAUGGUAAUUCAUUUUGCUUUGAUUACACUUGCACUGGUUGUUCAGCAGGAUAAUGCACUGGAUGCAUAGAUGGAUUUUAUUUAACUCAAGAGUUCAUAUGUUUGCCUUGCAAUUCAAGCUGUAAGACUUGUAUUGACAGAGCAGACAAUUGCACUGAUUGUAUUAUCUACAAUGAAGAUCAAUCUGGAUGUGUAAUUUGUGAUCAGAGUUUAGGAUACCAUAUAGAAGAUUCUUAAUGUGUUCCCAUUUGUGGAGAUGCUAUUAAGGUUGAAUAAGAAGAAUGUGAUGAUGGUAAUUUAAUUAUUGGGGAUGGAUGUGAUUAAAUGUGUAAGGUUGAAUCUGGGUUUAAAUGUGGAUCCCUUUGUCAAUUAAUUGUCUAUCCGAGUAUUAUAUUUGAAGUCAAUAAAUCAGAUAAAUCAUUUGAUGAAGAAAGAGUUAUCAGAAUCAAAACCGAUUCUCUUGUUUCUAUCACCGGCAGCAUUAAUUCUAUAUUUUCAUUCAAAGUAAAUAAUUGUGAUAACUAUUCUAUUUCAUAUGUUGAUUUGACUCAAUAUUCAGAUAAAUUCACUUACUUAUUCCUGGAAUUGACCUUGAUUUUUAAGUCAUCUGUACCUGAUCCUGAACUAGUUUGUUAGAUCAUUCAUUAGACAGCUGUAUUUAAUUAGGAGGGUAACACAUUUGGGGAAAAGAAUUACAUGAUAAAAUUAGAGGAAUACCAAAAACCUUAACUUUCUACUGAAUAGGCUACAGAUGGAUUGAUGAAAAUGAGUAAAUAUAUACUCUACCUACUCUUCGGAUUUGCAAUAUUGGCAUUUCUCUUUGGUGGAUUGAAUAUCUUCUGGAAUCUGUUGGAUGCAUUACAAUUAGUUUCCUAUCUCCAAUUCUUUAAUGUUUAGUAUCCUUACAAUUUAAACAACUAUUUAACUAUCUUUGGAUUUGCUCAAUUUGACUUCAUUAAAGAUUACUUAGAUUUGGAAGCAUUCAUCAGCCAAUUUGUGAACACUCCAGAUGCAGACUUCAAAUUCAGAGAAGAGGGCUAUUCAACAGUCUUCUAUGUCAACAUCAUUACAGUCCUUACAGUAUUUUUCAUCACUCUCCUCACUUACAUGGCAUGCACACUAUUGCUAUCUACACUGACAAAGUUUUCACACUCCUUUGUUUAUGUGCCACUUCACUCCCAAGAACAAAGCAUUUGCACCUUAUUCAUUUACAGAGCAACAAGAAAUCUCUAAAUUUAACUUAUGCGUUUCAACAAGGCAUUUACAUCUGGAGUUAUUAGAACCUUCAUGGCAGUGGCAUUUGAUUAUAAUCUCGCCUUGUUUUUAUAAUUAAAGGAUUUCGAUCUCAGUGAUCCAAUCCUUUUCACCAGUUUUCUUUUUUGUUUAUCUGCUUUUGUUAUUGAAAUUGCAUUUAUCCAUAUGGCUGUUAAAUAUAUGUCCAAACCAGCAUUUGUAUUUAAAUAAAAAACUAGUAUUGAUAACUUUGGAGCUAUUUAUGAAGGCAUUAAAUUGGACAAAAAUCCAUUCACUUAUUAUUUCAACAUCAUACUCUUAGUCAAGAAAAUGCUCUUUAUGAUGUGUUUGGUUAUGUUUUAUUCCUCUCCCUGUCUACAAGUGGGAUUGGUAUCUCUCCUGAACAUUGUAAUGGCUCUAUAUCUCAUCAAAAUUCAACCACUUGAGGACAAAGAUGAAUUAUUCAAAUAAGUAGGCUCUGAAAUCUUCAUCUGGCUAGCUGAGAUGCUUAUCUUAGGCUUUGCCAUUAAUGAAUAAUCGAACUCCUUAAAUGAGGACUCACAACUUGUGAUUGGUUGGUGCGUAAUUGCAUUGACUUCCUCUCUUAUCAUAUUCCAAUUAUUCAUAGAUGUCAAAUAGCAUAUCAAAUUUCUAAUUACAGAGUAUUCCAUCAUUAAAAAAUUGCUCUAUAAGCUUUAGUAGAUGAUUUUCAAGAGGGAACCCUAAUAAGAGUAAAAUAUUUUCCUCAAAGGAAGAAGAAGAAUGGGAAUUGAAAAUAUGACAUCCUAAACCAAUAUUAUGACUAAUAAAUUGAAAACCCUAAGUAAUUACAAAUAAGGAAGAAUGGUAACGUUUACCGUCAGCUCAAGUAGUAGCUGA